AAAACACAAAACAAAGACGAUAGUGGACGGACGUAGAACGGUGGUUGAUUUGUCGUAAUUUGCAUGAGAAAGCAAAUAAACUUGAAAUAUAUCAACAAAAGUGUACAUUAUCGAAGAUAGUGUUGUGAUUGUGUUGUUAUCAUAAUGGCUGCACGUAAACUCAACACACUCGAAGAUCUUAGCGAGUCAUGGGUGGAGUUGAACUCGGGCGGUGGACUGGCCGCCGUCGAGAACGAGUACAUACGUCUGCUGAGGGAGGCCCAGCGGGAGAGCAGGGACUCCUCUGUGAGGCACUCGCGGGCGUCCAGCGUCAAGGGCAGUCCCAAGUCGCCCCCGAACAGUCCGAAUCUGGAACCGUCCACCGAAGACGAAUUGAAAGGUGUUUACAUCAAUUGCUGGAAAGAUGAUUCAAACGAUUGGGUGUGGGAAUGGAGUAGUCGUCCCGACCAGCUGCCACCUAAGGAUUGGCGGUUCAAGCAUCCCACUAGUGCUCGCGGUCCUCCCUCCGCCACUUCCUCCAUUGAGGUGCUGGAACAGCAAUUAGCUGCGCCGGCUCUACAACAGAGCGGUUUGCUGUCUGUCCGUCGCGCAUGCCUGUGGUCGCGGCGCGCUGUGGCCGCUGUACUUGUCACUAAUAUUGUGUCACUUCUGCUGGGAGCUGGAAUUGGGGUAUGGCUUAGCCGAAGAGGUAUGCUUCCCCCCAGACUGAUUAUACUAAACUAAGGUGUCAUCUCCACGCCUGUACUAGCCCCUCGACUAUAGACUGUUGAUACCCGACUCUAGAACAUUCUACUGAACUCUACGAAUUGACCAAGUCAUCUUAACACUAAGAAGAUCUGAGGUUUGAAUUAAUAUAACUACAAUAAGCUUCAACUAAUACAGCCCAUGUUAAAUCUAAACGCAAAGCAGAUCUAUCUGAACCGAUGAUGAAAGUACGAUUAUAAUUUAUAGUCAGCCUUAUUUUAAUAACCUUAAGGUGUAAAAUACAACACAUCAAGCGUCCGUCUCACUCAAACCCAGCGGGGGUCAGGCGCGUGGAUAUUGGUGAAGCGUUUGAUAGCGUGAUACUUAUUAUUCUGUGGGUUAAUUGUCUUAAUUUCAAAAUCUAUCGCAGCGAUAAAUUAAAUAUAUAGCGAUUUAGUGAAAUACGUAACGUUUAAAGUAGCAAUCGCUUUUGCAAUGAAUGAUGAUUUGAAUGACCAAGUAACAUAAUAACAAAUUCGUUUUAAACCCGUCGAAUUGAUUUUAGAUAACGUUUCCUUUUGAAAUUGUCUAUGGCAAUACUAAUUAAUGUUAAAUUAACGUUAUCGUUCAUUGAAUAUCUUUGAAAAACCAUCGCUAUCGUAAUUGCCAACAGUAGUGGUGCCAUCACAUGCCAACAGUGGUGGCGUGAAGUUCAUGAACAUCUUUCAAAUGUCAGAUUCAAAGUGUGUGUGAUGUAUUUUAAAAUAACACAAUUAGACCAUGGGUUAUAUGAUAUUGAUUGGCGGAAUUUUACAGCUUUCGAUAUUCCGAUGUAUUUUGUAAGAUGAAUAUAGUAUGUCUAGUAGAUGUUCAGUGAAAAAUUAACUCUAUUUAAAGGUGUUAUAAGGUCGAAAGUCGUUUGCUCAGUUUUCAUUUUCGGGUGAUGCCAAUUUUAGUGUAUUUAAAUGCGGCUUAAUUGUGAUUGGUGACUGAAGAGAUGACCUAUAUUUUUGUGGAUCCCUCCCUGUCAUAUACUUUCAUGAAUGUUGUUACAAUAAAAAAUAGAUUUUUGUUUUAAUAACACUGAUGAUCAUAUUAAACAUAUAUGAAUCAGACAGAAUUAAUAGAUUUAAAAAAAAUAUAUAAACAGAAUAAAUAUUGAUAGUUAAAAGGAUAAAAGGUUCCAUAAAAUUAGUCAUUUAUUUAAGCUUUCUAAACAAUAUGGCGGGUUUUGAGUAAAAACGCUUAUGACGUCAUAAAGGCAAUGUAUUUUUUGUUUUCUCUUUUUUUAUUCUACUGUGGCUAUAAUAAGGUUCAUAAUUCGAAAACUCUUUAGUCACCAACGCAGUAAAGAUUUAGCUCGACUGCAGAUGGAAUGAUAAUAGAAGAAAAAGGCAAAAAUAUCUUAUUUAAGUGUUUUGUAUCGUCUAUGUAAUUCUCAUUGUCUUUUAGAUGUAUACGGUUUGCCGUAGACAUGUCAAAGAUGGAGAUUGCCGCCAUUUCUUAGAGAUGCAUACAAUGUUGCCAUAUGAGAUAUUACUAAACAUAUUAGCGUAAGUUAACCCAUUUUUGUAACAUUUUGGAAUAUGAACCGAUUUUUUUAACUUAAGCUAAAGAAAUUCAGACACUAACACUAAAAAAUGUUGGCGGUAAAAAAUUGUAAAGAGAAUAGGGAAUCAUAUUUUUGAAAGAGCAAAAUUGUUUACGUUUAACUUUCAUGAGCCUAGAUAGAUGUUUUUUCGUAACAAAUUACAAAUAAUUGUCUAUGGUAAAUCGUACAUGUCAAUAUUAAUAUUUUUAUAUGACGCCCUAGUCUUGUAAGUGAAUAAUAAUGAAUGAUUAUUUUGCUUUAGAUACACGACGCUAGAUAUCUAUUAUAUAUAGUAUUCUUGUAAUGAAGUGACAACGUUUCCUAUAUCUAUAUAGUUUUUGGUAGAUAUUGCCAGUAUUGGUAUUUUAAACUGAAUGGUAGAAUUAAUUUCAAAUAGACAAUUAAAAAUUUCUAAUUACAAAAAUGAUGUAGUACAACUUUGAAUCAAUUUGUAGUUUACAAUAGAAAAUAGAUUUUAGGAAUAACUGUCAUUUCAUUUAAUAUAAAUAUUGUGUUGUCUUUAAGUUUAUUAAAUAUUUGGUGUAAUUCUUAUUACUUUAAAACCAUUAAGUGCACAUGCAUUAAUGUACUGAUUUAUUUCUGAAUGUUUUCGGAAGUAAUAAAGUGCAGUGUGUCCAUUUAUAUUAUUUUUAAUUAGUUUUUUUUUUAAUUUAAAUGUAAGCGAAGAGGUUAAUAAUAUCAGUUUUUUUUUUUCAGCGAUUAUUUUUGGUGAUAUCACUGUAGUAUUUGUCUAAUUUGUUAUUAGCACAUUUAUGUAUAUUUAUUAUAAAAAUAGCUGGAAUUUGUAUUACAUUAAAGAAAUACGUUGAAAAGCUAAAUAGUCUCAUUAAUAAGGAUUGCGUUUUCUAUUUUAUUUUACUAAUGGCAACAUUAUUUAAUAGACAUUCGAUGAGAAUUUAGUUUUAUGUAAUAAUUAUAGAUAUAUAAAUAUGUAUCGGAGAUUUCUAUUGCAGGUUAAAAUGGAGAGUGUAUUUUACAAUAACACAUAUCUUUCGAAACAGU